AUGGAAUUGGCUGGUGGAUAUACAGCCAAGGACCAGAGCAAGGUGAAGCACCUUCAUGGUGGAAGGAUGGGAUUGGAUUCCGAGACUCAUUUGGUGAUCAAGCUUCCUGAUUCCAAGGUAUUGCGCAUUAUUUCAAGGUCUGUUUUUCUGGGUUUGGUUAUUCUUACACUGCCCUGCAUUGGGUCCCUUUUGAGGGGAGUAAGUGUUUCUGAAUUAAAAUAUGAUACUCAAUCUGAAAUUUUCAAUUUUGAGCAAUUGGGUCAGCUUUUCCAUGAUUUAGCUGGUGAGGGCCUUCGCAGAAAAAGUGACAAGGCUCUCAUUGUGAGCCCUUUCAAUGUUGGUAUGAUUCACAAUCUUCAUCCUUUUGAUUAUAAUGUAUUUGACAUUGUUAUGGAUUCGGAUUUGGAGCGAAAAAGCUCAUUCUUGGACGAGUCUUUGGAUUUUGUCUUCGCAUUCAACUUGGUUGAUGCUAAAUUUGUAGAUCGCAUUUUGAAGAUUGGUGGCAUUGUGGCUGUUCCAUUAAGCAAUGACCCUUCAAAUGCUUUUAGACCGAAACCUAAUUACAAGAUCGUGUAUCUUCGUCGAUAUGCUUCCACCUUUGUGGCAAUGAGGAAAACCAGCCCGUCUUAUGAUUUGGCGGUGAAGUCUAGGCGGCUUUGCCAAUUCGAAACUGAGGCCAAGAAGACAGUGUUGAAGGGUCUAGAAGAUGUGGUGCUUGAGCCACCGAGACGUGUGUUGGCUAAAACAAAUGAGUACUUGAAGAAGAUCAAGUUCCUUCCUAACUUGUUGGGUGAUUCUCUUCAAGGUUAUGACCGCCGAGUGUUUGUUAAUGUGGACUUAAAUGAGGACAACAGCGGCGUGACUGAGUGGUUUCAGCAAAAUUAUCCAAAAAUGGAUAAAGAAUUUGAAGUUUACAACCUCGAAGUAGAGCCUGAAGAAGCUUCAAGCACAGCGGUGGCACCGCCACGAAAUGAUGUAUCGGAUUGGCUAAAGAAAAAUGUGAGGGAAGAGGACUAUGUUGUGAUGAAAGCAGAAGCAGAAAUGGUUGUGGAAAUGAUAAAGAAGAAGACAAUCUGCUUGGUAGAUGAAUUGUUUUUGGAGUGCAAUAAUGGAUGGUGGCAGAAAAAUGGAAAGACGUAUGGGAGCAAAAGGGCUUAUUGGGAAUGCAUUGCUUUGUAUGGAAGGGUGAGGGAUCUAGGAGUUGCUGUGCACCAGUGGUUUCUAUGA